UGAUUUUAAGAGACUAGAAAAACUGAUGCCUAUCUCACUUGUGGUGCAGAAACAGUCCAGACAAGAUGAGAGGUCUCUGGUUGCUGCUGGUGCUUGUGGCUGCGGCCAAAGCUGAGAAGGUGUUCAUCGGAGAUCAGGUCAUCAGGGUCAAUGCAGAGUCUGAGGAACACAUCCAACUUCUGCAGGCUCUGGAGACCCAAGAAGAGUGGGAGGUGGACUUCUGGCUCGACCCCGUCUCCACUGAGCUCCCCGUUGACAUCCGAGUGCCCCGCUCCAGCUUGAGCGCUGUGACGGAGUACCUCAGUUCCUACAACAUCCCCUAUUCUGUCAUCAUAAACAACCUUCAGGAUCUUCUCGAUGAGGAGAAAGCUGAGAUGCAGAUGAGUCAGAUGAAGGAGCGCAGCACCAGGAGCUUCAACUUUGGAGCCUAUCACCGUCUGGAGACAAUCUACAGCUGGAUGGACACUCUGGUGGCUCAGCACCCUAACCUGGUCACCAAGCAGGAAAUCGGGAGAUCAUAUGAGAACAGGCCUAUGUAUGUGCUCAAGUUCAGCACUGGCGGAUACAAGCGUCCUGCUAUCUGGAUCGACACGGGAAUCCACUCCAGAGAAUGGGUGUCUCAGGCAACAGGAGUAUGGACAGCCAACAAGAUUGCCACUGACUUUGGUACUGAUGCCUCCCUGACCUCCCUUCUGAACACUAUGGACAUUUACAUGCUGCUCCUGGCCAACCCUGACGGCUAUGCUUACACCCACUCUAAUAACCGUAUGUGGCGUAAGACCCGCUCCAAGAACUCAGGCUCUUCGUGCCGUGGAGUUGAUCCCAACAGGAACUGGGAUGCAGGCUUUGGUGGGCCCGGUGCCAGUAGGAACCCGUGCUCUGAUUCCUACCAUGGACCCUCAGCUCACUCUGAGAUUGAGGUGAAGAACGUGGUGAACCUGAUCAAGAACCACGGCAACUUCAAGUCCUUCAUCUCUGUCCACGCCUACUCCCAGCUGCUCAUGUACCCCUAUGGCUAUAACUGCAAGGACGUGUCUCAUCAGCCUGAGCUGGACUCUGUUGGCAGAGCAGCGGUGCAGAAACUGUCUUCCCUCUAUGGUACCAGAUACAAGGUUGGAAGCAUCUGCAAAAUCAUCUAUCAAGCCAGUGGUGGCAGCAUUGACUGGUCUUAUAACCUGGGCAUCAAAUACUCCUAUGCCUUUGAGCUGAGGGACACUGGUCGCUAUGGUUUCAUCCUUCCAGCCAAUCAGAUCAUCCCCACCGCCUCCGAGACUUGGCUGGCCCUGAAACACAUCAUGGAGUAUGUCCAUGACCAUCCUUAUUGAGGAGGAGGACGACUUCCUUGUCACUCUAUGUUGAUGACAUCUCACAUCAGUACUGACCAAUAAAGUCUGCUUGCAUGUGUUCCAGCACUC